GUAGGGUCAAUGUUCACAAAGGAAGUUCAUUUUUCUGAUGUCACUUAUUUGUUUUCUGGUGCUUUCAAGAUUGUCACGAAGCACCUAAAACAAGAUAAUGGUAAUAUUCAAUCUUCUAGCAAACCACAGACUGAAUCUCUACUAGCACAGGUUAAUACUCUCCGUCAAGAGUUGCAACUCUUAGCAUCAUCAAGAUCAGUUACAAUUGUAACUGGCGCAAACUCAGGUUCUGGUACUUGUGGCAUCACAGCUGUUAUUGUGUUUGGGGCUGUUGGAUAUCUAUGUAUAUGGUGGAAGGGAUGGAAGGUUUCUGAUAUGAUGUUUGUGACACGUCGUGGUUUAUCAGAUGCUUGCACUACAGUCGGCAAGCAACUGGAGCUAAUCUCAGCAUCAAUUGCUACUGCUAAGCGUCAUUUAUCUCAAAGGAUUGACCGUGCAGACAUCAAUUUGGAGGAGUGCAAGGAACUUGCUACUGCCACCAAAUGUGAGGUCUCAAAGCUACAUGGAGAUUUGGGUUUGAUUCACACCGAUGUUGAAUCUGUUCACCGUGCUGUCCAGACUCUUGAGACAAAGCUUUUUCGAAUAGAGGACAGACAGGAUUUUGCAACCCAAGGAGUCUAUCAUCUGUGUCAGUAUGUGGAAAAAUUAGAACAGAGCAAAAGUCAAGAACUUAUUCAGGACUCACCAUCCAGUUCUAGCCAAGCAAUUGAACUUCCACAAGCUACACCGUUAGUGACAAAAACAGACUCUUUGCCACCUUUGACCCUGGAAACACCAUCAUCGUCAAUGUCUUUGUCGUCAUCAUCUGCUGUUGAGAAGUCUAAGGACUCACCAUUCGCUUCUUGGCAACCAACUGAACUUCUACAAGCUACGUCGAUAGUGACAAGAGUGGGCCUUUUGCCACCUUUGACACUGGAAACACCAUCAACAUUGUCUUCUUUGUCGUCACCAUCAUCAUCACGAUCUGCUAAUGAGAGUUCUAAGAUUAUACGACCAUCAACAGCUGUCUCAGCUUCUGGGCUAAAGGAGGUAAUAGGGAGCUCAGGAUCUAGCUUCAAGGCAUCGGGUUCCUCAAAAAUUUCAAGCUUAUCUCCGGUAAAUGGACAACCGAGCAGCAAUGCACAGUCCAGCAGGUCCACAUGGAGGUUGCCGGACUUCAGUAUUCUUACAAGAAUCCAUGGAACCAUGACCAGAUGAUUCUUGACCACUUCUACUACUGAUUUUUUUUACUACCACUGGCUGCAUAGGUUA